CAAAUGCGUAAAGGAAUGUAUCAGAAACGUGAUGUCCUAUUUACGAUAGAAUUCUCGACAGAUCAAACGAAUCGUGUAGUUGUGAGAUAUAUAACUAUAUCUACGUCAGCUGAUUGCCGGUGAUUUUACCGAUUGCUGGUUAAAUUGCUGCUGUCAGAGAGGCACAAAUUGACAGUAGUGCUGCAUUCCAUAAACAACAAAAUGUGACCGAAGUAUGAUUCAUAUCCCACAUAAAAAUACAUAACUCGUGUAAAUAAAUAAUUAUUGUGAUCGUUUGAGAGUGUGAAUGUAAUAUGUAUCAGUGACUGUACUCCAGUUGUUGUAGUUGUUGCUUUUAUUUAACCUAACCUAUCUAUUGUACUGCGAAUUUAUCUCGUGUAACUAAGAUCUACAUAAUUUUAUAAUAUCUGCUCUUACAAAAAAUUUAUAUACCUAAAAGGGAAACAAAAUUGAUACGUGCACCAACUGAUAACGCAACGUAAAUUAAUCAGAUGUGAUUUAACAAUACAGUAUACAAUACAGUAAUCUACAAAGAACGUGUUUUUAGAAAUUGCGUAUAUCAUGGAAAAUAUAAAAAUGUCCUAAUUUUCCAGUAUGAUCUUUCAAUAUGCACUAGACAACAUUUAUAAUUGUAUGAAUAAGAUAUCAGUGCGUUAAUAAAUUAAUGUGAAAAUUACGUUGUAUAUCAAUAUCGUAAAAUGUCUGAGAAAAAGACGGUCGGUGGUAUUCCUGUGGAAUGUCUAACUGGAGAAGCGGCUGCGAUUUGGUCCGGCUGGCGUACGCUGGGAGACAGAGAGCUUGUGAGAGAAGCAUCUGCCAAGGGAACUCACAUAAAACUAGCUCAUAAGUGCCUUGCAUACAGAAGAAAUUGUUCUGUAGAGCAAGCAUGUAUAUAUUUCAACAAAGAAGUGGAAAAUUGGGUCAACGAGUUGUUAAACAAGAAACAGGUUUACAGAGCUUCACAUAUUUUAAAUAACAUGGGAAAGGAUCCCGUGGAACAUAUUUUUGCUGUUUCUGUAAAGAGCAAGGAACCUCUUUUAAGGGAUUACUUGUGUGAAUAUAUGAUAAACGUUGACGGAUUCAAAAGUGAACAUGUCGCAGCAUGGAAUAUUAUCAAGUCGAUUAAACAGCAUGAAGAAAAAUGCAAAAUUCAAAAUGGAUUAAGUUCUUGUAUAUGUAUAGACGAUAUAAUGAAACUAACACCGAAUAUCGAGCAAGCGUUACGCACUGAGUUAUAUUUUUCUUUGAACGACCCAGAGAUUUUGGGAAAUGUGUCAAAUAGUACUCUGUGGGAUUAUUUAUUAUGCAAUAAUAAAAUUGAGGCACUAAAGGUAUGGAUUGAUGCAAGAUAUAAUCCAGACGCACCACAGACCUCAGAUGAAAUGGAUCAUCAUUUAAAGUCUCUGUUUGCGAAUUUAACUAUUACAUCCGAUAUGAUUGACAACAUAGAUUCUUCACAUGCUAGUGAUCUCGUAAAGCAUCUAACUAAAAAUCAUUUAUGUAGAUACGGCAUUUAUACAACGCAAGAAAAAAACGAUUUGAAAUUGACAUUAAAUCGUUCGUUUGGCUGUGGUAUUACACUGGAAGAACUUGGCGCGAUAUUAUCCUCACCUUUCUGCAACAUCGAUAAAACGGAAUUUUUGCAAAGCGUCGAUCAACAACUGUGCCUUACACACUGCUCGCAAAACUGUCAUACUCAGGAAGACAAUCUAAAAUUGAAAAGAUUAUAUAACGUUUUAACCGAUAUGUGCAGCGCUCGAGAUAAUUACGAAGAGGCGUUCCAACGCGGAAUUGUAGAAUCGAUCGACUACAUCUCGGACGAUUUUAAUGCCUAUCUGAAGACAAAUUAUUUAGUAAGCUUGGCAUUAAUAUUUUUGCAAUUGUGGCAAACGCGGGACGCGCUGCGCGACGAGGCGAGCUCUUCAGAGAGGAAUACGCUAAUGAGAGAUAUAUUUACGAACAAGACUGUCCUAAAAAUCGACACGCGUGUCAUUUCCCAAGAAGUUCUGCAGUCUACGCUUACGCAUCUGCCGAUGUUGCAAAGUAUCAUCGAAGAUCAAAGCGAAAAAGACGAUAUUACAGUAUACGACUUAUUGGACGGCUAUAGAAAUUUGAAUUCGAAGCAGUUAUUCAAGUGGCGCUUCAAGAAUGAGCCUCUGCCUACUUUCACGAGCGAGAAUCUGAUUAAGAAAUACGGGUACCAAGAAACGCUGACGUACGGCUAUUAUCUGAAAGAAGGCAGGCCGAAUAUGGCUGUGCACAGCUUGACGCAUGCACAAGCGAAAUUACUCGGAAAUGUAUCCUCUCACAGGAAAUUCAAAGCGGCCUUAUAUGCGCACGUUCUCGCUUUGAGAAAUUUAGAUAAGUCUGAUAUCGUAUGUAGCUGUAUCGCGUUCAUCGAGUUGCUGAAAAUCGACUCGAGUAAUUUACAAUUACACGUUACUGUGGCAAAAUACGUACAAGAGCAGCUAAAUAUCUCCAUAGGGAACCUAUUGGAAAAUGUAGUGUAUAAGAACCAAACUGAUUUAAAGUCUGUGAUAUCGUAUCUAGAACAGAGCUUCCAAAAAUAUUUAGCGGAUAAAACUUUCGAGUGCGACAGCGCGCAAUUUGUCGAAGCGUUGAAAAUAUGGGACAUUACCGUACGCUUCGCACGCGUUCAUAAUUGUGCGCUGCCCGACAUAUUGCCGAGAUAUUUAGCAGAUCAUGACUUGUGGUUCGAAUUCGUUGCAGUCGGUCAUAUAUUCGCUUAUCCCACAAAUCAGAUGCUGGAAAACGCCAAAUUGUUCAAUAACGCGAGCGUACGGGAGCAUCUGUUGACGUGUUUAAGCAACGAUAAACUCAGCAAAUCUCAACCAAGCAACGAGCAGAAGGCGAAAUUCCAUGACGCAAGGCAAUCAUCGUCGAGGCAGCGCAAAGUUGGAGCGAAAGAAAAUGAAUCUCCAGUGUCUACUUCAGCCACAUCGGAAACUGAGAUAGAUGCAAGUAAUACCAAAGAUAUUUUAAACAGUUGCACCUCACCUUCUUCGGAUGAUAACUUAUGGUUAACUAUACUAAACUGUCAUCAAAGUCAAGAUCCACCGGGAGCAUUAAUUAAUGCGUCUCGCUCAACUUUAAGACCUAUAUUGACUGUCUUAGCUACGUGUUACGAGCCGUCCUCUGUAGCGGCAUUUUGCUAUUGUUGGAUGGUAAUAUCGUCAAGAAGAGAGGAUAUACUUCUUGAUUACACGGAAUGUCUAGAACAACAGAUAUGGCCCUCCGACAAAGUGUCGGAAUUACUGAGCAGAAUGGUUCAGUGCGGUUACAUCAACACAGUUAAUCGAGCUUACAAAAUUUUCAUGCCUGAUAGUAUCUUGAAUUCAUUCUUUGAGUUUCUGACGCAAGCGGUCAGUAACGGCGAAUUCAAGGAGAAUCAACGGCAUUUAGUAGAGUUUAAAUUACAAUGUUCCUCGCUGAAAUGCAAUAAAAUUAUGGAUUGGGACAGCGUCCAUUUUACGUAUUUGAAAAACUUAUAUUGGGUUGCAGUUGUUGCAAUCCGAUGUAUUGUUACGGCACUCGGUUACGGCUUUCAAAGUACAGCAUUACGAAUGAAGUUUCUCGAGGUGUUAAUAAAGAAUAAUUUUUCUGCAGAUUUACCAGUUGCAGUACCGGAUUUUCAACGCUUGUUGGAUAUAACAAAAAUUCUGCAGAAAACCGACGUGGCAUUAAAUUUCAGAAAUGCUACUCUAAUCGAUAAUACAUAUAAUUUCGACGAAGAGAUUGAAAGAUGCGUUAACGAGCUAACGGCAAUCGAGAAUUACAGCACUGCCUUGGAGUUAGCAUGCUGCGCCGGAUUAAAUUCAUCCGAGAUAAUAUUAGCACAAUCUCGAAAUACUUUUAAACAAUCUAUAAACGAAGAUGGUCAAAUAAAUUCUGCCUUCUGGAUGCAAUGUGCACAGGAUUUUAACAAAUACAAUGUUCCGCCUCAAGUAGCAGUUGAAUUUUUUGUCGAACAUGCUGAGAAAGUCAUAUCGCAUAAAGAACGAUACGAAGUUUUAAAAUUGGCUUAUGAGACAUUGAAAAAUACCGAAAUCGAGCAACAAACUAUCGAUACUCUGGAAAUGGCAAUGUGGAAAUCAUGUAUAUUAGCUGAACCCGAAAAUAUAGAGUUCGACUACAAUGACUGUAUUUUCAAUAAAUUAAAAACAGAAUUACUAUCUGGUUUGGAUACGUUACAAAUCGCUUGCUCCUUGACAGAUGAGAAUGAGGAAAAAGCUGCGAAAAUUCUAAUAAAUAAAUUAAUUGAUCUGGGAAAAUUGGAUACAGCCUUACGAAUAAGCGCAAUUUUCAAUUACAAUCACAAAGAUCUGCGAAUACUGAUGUUGUGUUUAAGUUUAGCAGAGGGUGAAAUUUCACCAGCGGACUUGACUUCGCAGCAAAGGAGUCUUUUGGAGGAAAGGAAUCAGAACAAGCAACAAAAAUAUGGAAUUUUACGUAAUCGCGGUUUGCAAAAAUUUUCAUCAACGUCAUCCUUAAACACAAUUUCGUCGAUAGGAGAACCUAGCAAAACAAACGAUGUGACAAUCAGCAAUCUCCAGAUGGAGUGUAUUUCAACCUUAGAAAAAUUAUCGGAAAUUCUCACGCACGGAAAUGAGAUCUGUUUUAGAAUUGUUUCGUGUUAUAAACUUGCUAUGUGCCUAGGGAAGACAUAUCAAUCGCUGUUGAUGCUAAAAGAUCCGAUUAAAUUCCUGCAGGAGAUUGUAGAAAGCAAUAUUGAAAACAAAUUUGAGACUGCUAACGAUAUAAUAAUGUCUUACAAAAUUAAGACGGAAAAUGUGGCAACAUUCUUGACUGAAAGCAUUGCAAUGCACAUAAAUCGUGCCAUAGAAGACGGUCAGGAAGAUUUGAUUUUUAUAUGGGGCUAUUCUCUGAAUUCGCAUUUUCAUUUAAUAAUGGAGCUUUGCAGCGAUAUCUCGUUAUUGGGCUUAAAAUUGUUGAAGACAGCGCAAUCAUUGCUGGAAAGAUACGUCAGUACUCACGAUGAAAAGAAAAAUGUGUCGGGAUUGAAAACAAUAGUGGAAUUAUUAAUAAGAUCGCACGACUGUUUCACGGCUUCCUGUAACAUGGAGGGAAUAGCCUCGGUAUUACGAAAAUGUCAGAGCCUCGCGAAUAUGUUACAAAUUUUAAAACAUUGGGCGCUACUGGUACGUCUUGUAACCGGUGUUGGUCGAUUUACCGAAAUGAAUUACAUAUUCCAAAUCUUGAAAGAAAACGAUCAGUUUGAGUCUUUGUUGGGGCAGGGCUUGGACAAGGUUCCGGGUCUAAAAAUGGCACUGCUGGAGUUCUUGAAGCGCCAAUGUCCAGAAGACAAGGAGCUGUUUACUCUAGUGGCGCUUCAUUUCCGCUUGUAUUACGAAAUCGCACUCAUGUGGGAAGACGAGGCGAAGGAAGUAAUUGCAAAAAUAAUAUCUGACAUAUUGAAAGAGAUCGGAAGAGGCUUAACUGCAGGUAUCCCGGUAGAAAUAAAGUUGACCCGAAACGAUAAUGUCCAGAAACAGUUGCAACUGGCUGUAACUAACUACACUCAUGCUACUCAAUAUUAUUUACAGGAUAAGAAACUGAAUCUCGCUAACCGAUGCUCGCAUCAAGCCCAACUGGUCGCGCUUCAAAUUUCUCUAUUGAACGCAGUACCGCAAAAUCAGCAAGCAGUAUGUCUGCUGAAUUUGAAAAGCGACGAGUUGGAGAGAAUAUUAUCUCACGUCUUGAACUUCUCCCAAGCUCUCAUCGUUAUUCGCGCUUAUAAUUAUCACGCGGAUUGGGUUAAUCUUAUUUAUCAUCAUUGUAUUCUCAAAGGAGAGGCGAGAUAUCUCAAAGAAUUCAUGACAGUUAACAAUCUUACGCCUAUGAUUGUACAAGAUUGUGCGCGCAGAUACAGACUGGAAAAGAGUAUCAAUCAUUCUAUGACAGACAACAUGAAAACUCUAAUAUCUGAACUAUCAGACGUCGAAUGUAAAUACAUGUUAGCUAGUCAGCUUGGCUUUAAGAAUAUCGUGGAGGAAAUGCUCAAUGAUCCUAUAGUGGGUUCCUACUUAAAAGACACGAUUUGGAAAAAAGGAUACACCGCUUCGUGAUGCAACUCGCAAUUCAAUGGAAUUCGACAUUAUCGCCUGAUAAGGGACACCACAGAUCUAAAUGUUGCGACAAAUUGUCAUAAAACUCAUUUACACAAACAAUACAAAUUUAUACUUUUGUCAACAUUUUAUCAUUUAUAUAGCAAUAAUUAUCAAUAAACAGUAUUUUUUA